GUUGUUGUUGUUUUCAAAGGGAAUCAACCAACCAAACAUAUUGAUUGGGAAACAAUAGAUCUAAGUAACACACUGAGAAUUAAACACUUUUCAGAGAAAUAAAAAAAAUCUAAUCAAAUAUCGCUAAACUGACGUUUGCCCGUUUGAGUUACUUAUUCAUUGACCCCUGCCACGGUCCCAUCGCGAAAGUAAACAUGAUUGUGAAACUGUUUGUAUCUAUCUCGCUUUUUAUGCUUAUAUUUUCAUAUAUACUUUCUUUGGAUAGUUUUAAAGACUGGAGGAGUUUAGUCCUUUCACUUUUCCCAUUCGUCAAGUUUGAGUCUGGCAUUUUAAGUGGCCGUUUAUUUACCAAAAAUGAGCUUGAAAAGUUUAGUGGGCAAGAUGGGUCUCCAGUUUAUUUAGCAAUUCUGGGUGAUGUGUUUGAUGUUACGUCUGGAAACAAACACUAUGGAGAAGGCGGUGGUUACCAUUUUUUUGCAGGUAAAGAUGGAACUAGAGCCUAUGUUUCUGGUAAAUUUACUGCAGAAGGUUUAGUCGAAGACACAAGUGGCCUUUCUCAUGCAGAUUUACUUGGGAUUGUGGAAUGGAACAACUUUUACAAAAAGCAAUACACAUUUAUAGGUCGAUUAGUUGGACAUUUCUAUGAUGAAGCAGGCCAAGAGACCGCGGCCUUGAAAGAUUUUCAAAGACGUUUGAACGAAGCUAAAAGUGCUAAAUCAUCCGAUGAAGAUGACAUGAGGCGAUAUCCACCUUGCAAUUUUGAGUAUAAGCAAGGUCAAGGCAGAAGAAUAUGGUGCUCCACAUUAAGUGGUGGUGUCCAGAGGUCAUGGGCUGGCUAUCCCCGCCAGUAUUUCCAGCCUGGCAAGACAGAUCCAAGAUGUGCGUGCGUGAAGGAGUCAGGGGCCCCUUCAGGCUCGGAACCACUGUCAGAACAUGACAACAGAGGUGACCUGGAUAACCCACUGAUGAAGCUGUAUGAGGGCUGCCAUCCUGAGUCGUAUGAAUGCCGCUUUACAGAGUAGACUGUCAAGUAGAAACCCUUGUCUUCUGAGUGCCCCUCUGUUUUCAUGGGAGCUUGCCUGACAGAUGUUUGUUAGAAACUUUUUGAAAUGUACCUCUUUGCUGAUUAUUUUCUUGCUGUUAUUUACAUGUAUUCUAUUGGUAUGUACAAAGAGUCAUUAACCCUUUUCCACUCAAACAUGCACUUUGACGCAUUUGAAGUCCUUAAAAAAAUCAAAUUAAAUUUAAGUUCUUUCUUAAUUAAUAUAUUCAAGUUUGAAAGGCUUCAUUUCCAAUCCUAAGAUAUUGAUAAGUAGCAAACAGCAUUAAACUUGAAAGGACUGCGAGUUACUCGCAGGAUGUUCUGGUUUUAUGCUGUUUGCACAUAGCCAUUUUCACUUUGCUUCUGAGAGGGAAAGGGUUAAGAUACGGUUCACAACCACAUCAUGCUAUUUGGAAGAAAAAAAACAACAAGUUUGAUGGUUUAACAUUACUAAAGUACUAAAUGGUUUAAUAUUAAUUAAGUACUAACAGGUAGAUUUUCCUUGUCAGGUAAUAUACAAGAUAUUUGUUGGUUUAUGUAUCUAUUCCAUUUUAAUUCACAAGGAAAACGUUUUCGAGUGAAAAUAUUUAUUUUCUUGAGAUAAUGUGGAGAAUUUCGCAGGAAAAACUGGUGAAUUAGGAUUGGUUUGGGAAGGGGCAGAAACGGUGUAUGUCACCCUAAAAAAAUUAAGGUUCUACCCAUAAUAGUAUGGUUGCUAAAAUAGCAUCAUAUAACAGGCUUUUAUUGGUCGGAAACUCAGUAUAAGGCUGAUCACUUAAUUGAAUGGCCUUUAUUUUUAAAGAAAGGCCAUAUUUAAUAGAUAAAAUCCUGGCAAGUGUUAAAAUGUUGAUUAAGAUUUAAAAUAAAUUUAGUCUAGACAUGCAGAAAAAGAGACGAAUUUCAUGGUAUUACAUAUACCUCAAUGAUUCUAAAUUGAUUGAACUGCUACAAAAUGCAUUUGUAAAUUACACAAUAUUAUGUUUUUAAAUGCUAUUUUGCUAAACUGUGUUAUUGAAGGUAGACUUGGGGUGUCAUUAUUUCGUAUAUUUCAAUUAUUUUCUUUGCGUAUUGAAUGACAUCUUUUUAAUGAGAUUUUUAAAUGUCAUUCUUUAAAUGGUAAUUGGAUUAAAAAAAACUGCUGCAACAAUAUACUAAACCUUUUUAAACAAUUGGCAUGAGGUGCAUUGAAGGUUAUUUAUAUAGCAUUAUUGAACGUUGUUUGCUUUGUACACAAUAGCUGCUCUGUAUUUGAUAUAUGUUAUUAACUUAUUAUUUACACUUUCAGGUUGUUACUAUAUGAAGCUUAUGAAGUAUUGUGUUUAGGAUUGCUCUCUGCUUCCAAAUCAUGAGUAUAUGUAGUAUGUGUUCAGUGCCUAUUGCUUCUAGCAUGUGCUCAUCAACCCUUUUCUAUUACUUGUUAAAAACUCCCAGAUAAAACUGAAAAAGAAAUAAAUAUAUAAAACAUU